AUGCCUUCCGAGAAGGCUCCCUUCUACGAUCCCAUACCUCCCACCUACGACCAGGCUGUAGCCAGUGGGAGCCACUAUGACCCCGACGACUGGGCUCCCGCCCCGAGGUCGCCGACCAACGAGCGGAAUGCCACUGAGGCAGAGUCGCAAGGCCUGCUUCAGUCCUCGAGCGGCGCUGGCUCCUCCCGCAGACCCGACGGCUACCGGCCGCCGACAGUGGAAACUGAUGAUGAGGACAGCCUCUGGGCUAGCGACAGUGACAGCGAUGAUGAGGCCGCUCAGGUGCGGCGCGAGAUGCAGGAGAUGGACAUUGAGGAACCCGAUCGCUCACGGGGCUCCCAGUGGGGGAAACGAAUAGGCUCAUAUCUGACUCUGCCGCGGUGGAAGUGGUCUUGGCGGCCAAGGUUACCCCGAUUGCGAAUAACCCUCCCCCAACGACCCGAUGCGCCGGCCGCUUCCACGGAUGAUACCGAGGCCGCCACGGGCGAAGGUGAGGAGACGCAGACCGAGACAAGGAGAUUCAACUUCCCCAAGAUUGACAAGACGGCAAUCAUCCUCUUUUGCGUGCGCAGUCUCGCCAUCACCAUCGUCGUCGGGUUCUUCUAUCUCCUAUUCGCCAGCGACAUGUUUGGUGGUCUAUCAGAUCGCCUAGGAGGUGGUUUCCGCUACAACCCGGAGGAUCUACGAAAACACAUUCUACACACUGUCGAUCCCCUAAGGAUGCGCGCCUGUGUGCAACACUUUUCCAAUUACGCCCACAUCGCCGGCACCGAGGGUGAUUACGCGACAGCCAUGGACGUUCAGAGCAUGUUCAGCCGUGCGAUGCUCGACGAGGUGUCUAUGGACGAGUACCAUGUCUACAUCAACUACCCCAAAAAGGAUGGUCGGGCAGUGCAGAUUAUGGACAGCAAGGAUAGUAAGAAGGCCAUCUGGACGGCCAAGCUGGAGGAAGAGGAGGUAGGUGGUGAAACAGCGGGACGGCAGACAUACGCUUUCCACGGACACUCCAAGUCAGGCGACGUCAAGGGACCUCUGAUCUACGCCAAUUACGGAUCGAGGGAGGACUUUAAGGUGCUAAAAGAAAAAGGCAUCAACACCAAGGGUGCUAUCGCACUUGUCCGAUAUGGCGGAACUCAGCAGGAUCGAGCCCUCAAGGUCAAAGCCGCCGAGAUGGCUGGUUUUGCAGGCUGCAUCAUCUACAGUGACCCCGGAGACGACGGUUUCAAGAAGGGCACCGUCGCGCCAAAUGGACCGUGGAUGCCCGAAGACGCUGUCCAGAGAGGAUCUGUGAGUCUCAUGAGCUGGGUCGUUGGUGACGUCUUGACGCCUGGAUGGGAGAGCAAGGAGAGUUCACCAAGGAUGAAGCCAGAGGACUCUCCUGGCUUGGUCCACAUUCCCAGUCUUCCCCUGGCGUGGAGAGACGCCAAGGUCCUGCUGGAGCACCUCAAGGGGCACGGUCAAAAGGUACCCGAGAAAUGGCAAGGCGGUGUUUCAGAGAUUGAGUGGUGGACGGGUGAUGACAAGUCACCAAUUGUGCGUCUGAAGAACAUCCAGGACGAGGAAGAGAAGCAGCCUAUCUGGAACGUUUACGGUCGCAUCAACGGCAUGGAGCAGACGUCCAAGUCCAUCAUCAUCGGCAACCACCGCGAUUCCUGGGCUUUCGGAGCUACUGACCCUCACUCGGGUACGGCGGUCAUGAUCGAGAUGGCUCGAAUCUUUGGCGAUCUCGUCCAAAGAGGAUGGCGACCCCUGAGAACCAUCGAGUUCAUGUCUUGGGAUGCCGAAGAGUACAACCUUAUUGGAUCGACCGAGUAUGUCGAGAGAAAUCUGGACAAUCUACGAGACAAUGCCUUUGCAUAUAUCAACCUUGACACGGUUGUUGCCGGCGACAAGUUUCGCGCAUCGGGAUCUCCUGUGUUCAGGAAGUCUGUCCUCCACGCCCUCGCCCGUGUCGUUGAUCCUCACACCAACGCCACCCUGCGGGAGCUCUGGGAUCAGAGCGAUGCCGAGAUUGAGGGCCUGGGCGCGGGAAGCGAUUACGUGGCUUUCCAGGAUAUCGCAGGCACCAGCUCUCUGGACGUUGGAUUCGAGGGCGGCGCAUACCCCUAUCACACGAGCUACGACAAGUUCGACCUGGUGGAGAGCGUAAUUGAUCCCGAAUUCAGGUACCACGGCGCCAUGGCUCAACUGAUGGGCCUUCUCAUCCUCGACAUUGCUGAUCGACCCAUCCUGCCCUUCGAUAUGGCGUGGUAUGGCCAGAAGCUGGGACAGUGGGUAGCAGACCUGGAAAAGUGGGCAGGCCAGCAAAAUCAGCCAAAAUCAGUCUCUUUCAAGGAGCUCAAGGAUGCCGUCACACUCGUCCAGAACAACGCGGCCAGCUUCGAGAAGUGGGAGAUGGACUGGGACCGCGAGGUCCUGGGUAACGGAGGCUGGGAGGCCAACGAUAUUGGCAACGCCCGGUUGAUGUACAACAACAAGAUGGCCUACUUUGAGACGACGCUUCUGGACCUAGAACUUGGCGGUGGUAUCCCCAACCGCACACAGUUCAGGCACGUCGUCUUUGGACCACAAGCUUGGUCGGCUUAUGACUCGGCCUUCUUCCCCGCCAUCCGCGACACAAUUGAGACCGGAGAUUGGAGGAGCGCCCAACGCAUCAUAGCCAAGACGGCGGCCCUAGUACGCAAAGCAGCGACGAUUCUAGAAAUGUCGAGUGCAAAUGUAUGA